AGUUGAUUUGGGAAGAAAAUAGAAAGAGGAAUAAAGUAAGAAAGAGGAGAGAGAAAGCAUUCUCCGGGAAAAUUCAAGAGCGAAUCCGAAACGGAAAUGAGGAGGGUUUGUUUUUUGCUAUUCCUGCUACUGAUUUCCCAAUCCUAUGAAGUCUGCGGCUCCUACGCGGGUUCUGCUAGUUCCAUCAUCAACCCUUCUAAGGUCAAACAGAUUUCCUGGAAGCCAAGAGCUUUCGUUUAUGAAGGUUUCCUCACGGACUUGGAAUGCGAUCACUUGAUCUCUAUAGCGAAAUCAGAGCUGAAGAGAUCUGCCGUAGCGGAUAAUCUCUCUGGAGAUAGCAAGCUAAGUGAAGUUCGAACAAGCUCUGGGAUGUUCAUUUCCAAGAACAAGGAUCCUAUUAUUGCUGGUAUUGAGGACAAGAUUUCAUCAUGGACCUUUCUUCCUAAAGAAAAUGGGGAAGACAUACAAGUAUUGAGAUAUGAGCAUGGGCAGAAAUAUGACCCGCAUUAUGAUUACUUCGCUGAUAAAGUUAAUAUAGCUCGGGGUGGACACCGGGUUGCAACUGUUCUCAUGUAUCUCACUGAUGUGACCAGAGGUGGUGAAACAGUGUUCCCUGAUGCAGAGGAAUCUCCACGUCGCAGAGGUUCUGAAACAAGUAAUGAUCUCUCUGAGUGUGCCAAAAAAGGAAUAGCAGUGAAACCGCGUAGAGGGGACGCACUUCUUUUCUUCAGUCUUCACACAAAUACUACCCCAGACACUAGCAGUCUCCAUGCAGGAUGCCCAGUAAUCGAAGGUGAGAAAUGGUCAGCAACAAAGUGGAUUCAUGUAGACUCAUUCGAUAAGACGGUGGGAGCUGGAGGGGACUGCUCUGAUCAGCAUGAAAGCUGUGAGAGAUGGGCUUCCCUUGGAGAAUGCACUAACAAUCCUGAGUAUAUGGUUGGAUCUUCAGACCUACCCGGGUAUUGUAGAAGGAGUUGCAAGGCAUGUUAAAAAUUUUAGUAACUGCUUUCCAGAUUCUACAUGGUAUUUCUACCUGUGUUUCAAAUUUCAAUUGGUUCUUGAUUUGUUCUCUUUUUUCCUGGAUUGUAAAGUAAUUCUACAUCAUUAUAGUGGUUAGCUUUUCAGAUAGUGCUGUUAUGCGGGAUUCAGCAUUUUUAUUCAUUGGUUAUUUCGUAUUUAUAAAAC